AUGUCUCUCACAUCCAGUCAUCCUGCAAGGCAAAAGAAUCUCCACACAAGCCAUGAGACAACGCCAUUACUCACCGAAAUUGAGCCCGAGCCACUCGGGCCAGACGAGGCUGAUAUCAUAGCUCAUGAUGGUACCUACGAAGAAGAUGAUGACGAGAUACCACUACCCAGAACUCAAGUCUUACUUGUCUGUCUAACAGCUAUCUCGGGCCCUAUUGCCUUCUUCUCCAUAUUUCCUUAUAUCAAUUUCAUGAUUGAACGAAUCGGAAAUGUGGAGAAAGAAGACGUAGGUUUUUACUCUGGACUCAUCGAGAGCCUGUUCUCAGCGACUCAGAUGUGUGUCAUGUUGCUUUGGGGCCGUGCCUCUGAUCGCUUUGGGAGGAAACCUGUGCUCAUACUUUCGCUGCUGGGCAUGACUGUCACGACCACGCUUUUUGGGCUGAGUAGCAACUUAUGGCAGAUGGUAGUGUUUCGCUGCAUGAGUGGGGUGUUUUCUGGCACGGUGGUGACGGUCAGAGCCAUGUUGAGCGAGAUGAGCACGAAGAAGACACAGGCAACGGCGUUUAGUCUGUUUGCUUUUUUUAACAACCUAGGGAUCUUCUUUGGACCGCUCCUAGGUGGUGCGCUUGAAAGGCCUGCCGACAAGUACUCGUCGGUUCUUGGAAAGAUGCAAUUCUUUCACGACUAUCCUUAUGCGUUGCCCAAUAUAGUCGUCGGGGGCAUCGCAUUCAUCGCUGCUAUGACUACUACCUUCUUCGUGAAAGAGACGCUACACAUCCAUCGCGAUAGCAAAGUCACUGAUGAGCCUCCCAUGUCAUCGUGGCAACUCAUCAAGAGCCCCGGCGUGGGUCCCGUCCUCUUAGUCUAUAACUAUGUCAUGCUCUUAGCCUACACCCUAACCGCUGUCUUCCCCGUCUUUCAAUACACGCCCAUUGAGAUGGGCGGCCUUGGUUUCUCCCCCGAAAUCAUCGCCGCAUGCACAGCAGUCAAUGGUGCAUCACAGGCCAUUUGGAUCCUCAUCGCCUUUCCAAAACUGCACCGUCGGUUCGGCACUGGACGCGUCCUCUUGUUCUGCUCCAUUGUUUGGCCAAUCUUCUUCGCUCUCUGCCCAACCUAUCAUUUCCUGCUUGCGUAUGGCUUCAAAACACUCUUCUGGUCCACAGGACCGCUUAUUCUGAGCUUGGGUAGUGGCGUCGCCAUGGCCUUUACGGGUGUACAAUUGGCACUGAACGAUAUCGCCCCGUCGCGCGAGACUUUGGGCACCCUGAACGCUCUCGCUCUUUCGGCUCAAUGUGGGCUCAGGGCUAUUGCCCCAGCCGUAGCGACGAGUAUCUAUGCUGUUGGCGUCAAGUAUGGUAUUAUCGGCGGCCAGUUGUUUUGGCUGUGCAAUGUCGUUUUGGCGCUGGGCUUGUUGGUAUUGCUGAGGAUUAUGCCGGAGAAGGCAAAGGGGAGGGUGAAGGGGAAGGGGGGCGUCUGA